CUAUCCAGAAAUGAUAAAAUGUUUUGGUCCCCUUGUGUCUUUGUGGACCAUGCGAUUUGAAGCUAAACAUAGCUUUUUUAAGCAGGUUGCAAGGCAUAUAAAUAACUUUAGGAAUGUAACUUUAUCUUUGGCAACAAAACAUCAGUUAAUGAUUUCCCAUCAUAUGCUUUGUGCUGACAACGAAAACCUCUCCUUGGAUGUUAAUGAAAUCUCAGAGAUCCCAGUUGAUGUUCUCCAAAAUGAUAUUGCUAGCACAAUCAGCCAGAAAUACCCAGAAAUAACGACUGUAAACCUGGCUAAAAGUGUCACUGUUAGUGGCAUAAAGUACAAAAAAGGCAUGAUAGUUGUACAUGGAGCAUGUGGUGGUCUGCCUGAAUUUUCAGAAAUAAUUCAACUAUGCAUUAUCAGAAAUGAUUUAAGUCUCAUUAUCAAAAAGUUGACCUCGUGGUACAGAGACCACUAUCGGGCUUUUGAGCUGCAUCCAACAACACAGUUAGCAGUAGUUCAGUUGAAAGAGCUCUCUGAUCAGUAUCCUCUGGCUGACUACAAAGUUGGAUGUUUACGGAUGGUGACUCUAAAAAGAUUUGUGCUUGUGACAGAAUAAGCACAACAUGGCUGCAUCACUGAGAGUUGUACUUGGUGUUGACAAUGCAGCAAAACUGACUUUGCCAAGGGGGAUUCCAGUUUCAGUAGAAGAUCUAAUGGAAGAAAUUAAAAGACAAUUCAGCUUGCCUGGCAAUUUCAGACUGCAGUACAGAGACAUUGACUUCGAUAAUGAGUUUAUCAACUUGACAGACAUCUCAGAAAUCAAAGACAAGAGCACUGUGAAAGUCAUUCAAUUAACACCUGAGUCAGACACCACCACAUACCAACCUCUUUCACAGUGUUUAGAUGAAAGUUCUGUGUCCACAGCAUCAGACACGGAUAUACUUUCCUCCUCUGAAUCUACAUCUUCAGUUUCACUGAGGUCACAGCUGUGGCCGCAAAAUUUCCCGAUACCUCAGUUUAAUUAUGAGGUACAAAUUCAAUUGGAAAAGGCCAAUAAAGCCUUCCUUGACAGUGGUACACUUCUAAGUCCAAGUCCCAAACUGAAGUCAGAUAUACUUGAUGGUUUGGCAUCAGAAAUAGUAAAAUAUAAAGUUUAUCCAUCAAGUGCAGAGUUUGAUGACGUCGCCCGGGCCCUGAUAACCAAGUAUCCUGCUUUAAAGGAGCAGGGUUCAGUUACAGGCUUCUAUGGAUGGAAGAUUAGUUUAAAGUAUAAAAUGGCAAACUACCGCACAAGACUGAGAAACAUUGGUUGCCCAGAGUUGAGCAUCAAUAGUGUCAAAGAAAAGCGAGGUGCCACGGGUCAAAGUCCAAACCAGGUGAAGAAGCCAAAAAAAGCAGAGGUCAACUUCUGCCCUGAUUACCCAGCAGGUGAAACCAGAGAAAGCCUUGAAAAAGAAAGGGAAGAACUUACACUUGAGGUAAAGAAGAGGAACAACUACCAGCUAAUCAACUACAAGAUGGAGAAAAGCUUCGCCCAUAGGAGACGAGAAGUAGUUGAAGAUAUGCCCUUCAUCGCAGAGUUUAAGAAGAGAUGGCCAGCUCUGUUUUCCGAGUAUCAGGUAAAUGCAGAGUUUACCCGAAUUACCACCAUUCCUUUGCUGUCAACCUUCAUGGCUCAACUGGAUCAUUACUCUGACAAACUGUUGGCAGUCUUCAAAAAGAAGGGAGGAGCAGCAGGACGCAGGAUUAACCUGACCAUGGUAGCCAUGGACCAGAAUCUGACCAUUGAAGUAAGACGCGAGUGCAUUCUGAAAGCCUUACGCAUCUACUUGAAUGAAGAACCUGAGAGCCUUGUAAGGACCCAUAUGGAUGCUGAUGUUGAGGCAGAGCGAGAAAUGCAGAAAGUUGUUUUGGGCAUCUACGCUGUGAAAAGAGAGGGAGCAGAGCAAGCAGAUCCAUACGCGGAUGUUGGCAUCCUUGUUGAGGGAUGUACAGUGCUUCAAGACCUGAGGGAGGUGGCAAAUGGCUGCGCAGUGCUGUUUGGCUUGAUUUACUGUUUAAACUUGAGCUAUCCCAAGGACCUUCGAUACACUUUUGAGUUUCUUCAAAAAGUGGUGAUGGGAUUGGAUGGGAAAAAGCUCUCAAAUAAGGUUCAAGUCCUCAAAAACAAACUGCAUGAGUAAAAAACUCAAAUGAGACUGUGGUUCUGGAUUGAAGUUAAGUUUCUUCUCACUUGGGAGAAAGUGAGAGCGCUAGAACUAUAGUUCAAGAAACUAUUGAGUUUCAAGAUUUUUCUUUUUACUGUAUUUGCUGUUUUCGCUUGUGAAAUUUACCUGUGCAUUUCAUACACAAGAAAUGGACUUUUUGAAAUUGAAAAAGAUGGAAAAGUAAGAUGUUUUGCUUUAAAUCAUAUGUGACACUCAGAUUGAAGCUUCAGAGACACUCAUCUAUAUGCAUACUUCCUCACACUCUUUCUACAAGAUACAACCACAGUGAUUUCUCUGCAUGUAGCUUCAGAGCUGAUUGAUAGCACAAGCCUGUACACACUAACACUCUUUCCACCAGUGUAAUUCAGUUACAUUUCUGCACACCUUUAUCACCAUCGAAUGCCUCCCAUUCUUAGGUCUCCACUACACAAACACAUGCACACGCAAUCUGCGUCCCUUUCUCACUGCUCCUCCACCUAUUCCUCCCCAUUACACUGGUCCUUUUCCACCAAAUGAUGUCUUAUUUGAAAUGCAUUAUUUUCUGUUUGUAGUGGAAACCUGGAACUGUAAAUUACAUUUUUGGUUGUUGGUACAUUGUUCUUAGGUAGGACCAACCAUUGUCAAGAGAUAUGCUAGGCUGUUCAUAUUUUUUGCACAUUUUCAUUCAUGUUUAUGUGCAAAAAUCUCAAGGCAUUGGGCUGUUUUUUUAUACUAUUGGUUGAUGAUGUUGCUUUGUGUAAUGUAUUCAUUUUAAGUACUUUUUUCCCUUGAGGUUGCAAAAUUGGUGGCAUUUUUACAAUUUUUUACAUUGAAAUAUAUUUAUGCUGUUGUUGAGCAUAAAAGUUAAGGUUGACCAUUUCAUAGUUAACCAAAUGUUUGACUUAAAAAUCUGUCUCUUAAAACUUGGCUUUUUCAAAAAAUGUGGAUUUAAUUAGUUGUGGGGUUAAACAAAGUAUGAUAUCUCAUACUAUUUUUUAUUUCAGUAUACUUUUAAUUUAUUUUAUUUCAAGUAUAUUAUCAGUUUUUGAAAGGAUGUGAAUACUGCACACUAAUUAUAUACUUUUUUUUUUUUAUUGCUCCCACUGUUACCUGAAGUUACUGGAGUUUAAUAAAAGCUUGAUUGA